AAUAAACAAGAGGUUGGGACCAGAACAUCACACCUCGGAGCUCGCUGGGCUCGAAUCCUUCUCCCGGGACCCUCCAAACCUUCUCUCUCUCUCCAAGGAUGGAAAAGAACAGGAGAUGGAAACAUUUCGUAUUAUCCAUAACUUUCACUCUUUUUACUCUGUCAACGAGAGGGGUGAACGCGCAGUCCUUGGAAUGUUUCUCCUGCAUUGAUCGAGGAAACGGAGGCUGUUCACAAGAAGCCAUCAAGAAAACCCCUUGUGGCCCAGAUCACGACAUUUGUGUCGAGACCGUCACGGCGGUGGAAACAAGUCAUGACCAGUAUACAGUGUUGAUGAAGGGAUGCGGAACCGGCGUGCCGGGGAGAAUGGAUAAAGCCAUGUCAUUCUACGGGAUGACAAUGUAUAUCCAGCUUAUUCAGUGCAACACCAGCUUAUGUAACACAGAGUUGGAGCUCAAGGACUACCAGCUUGUGCCACCAGAGAAUAUUUCCCUUCUGACAAAUGAUGUACAAUGCUACAGCUGCAUCGGGAAAACCGGAGACCAAUGCACCUCCACAAACGCCCCCGUUAGGAACUGCUACAACUCUUACAAUAAAUGUUUUGACGGGAACGCCACAGUAACCCUGGGAGAUGCUACAGCUGUAAUUCCAUUCAAAAGCUGUGCUUUAAAGUACCGCUGCGCCUUACAAUCUGUCACGUACGGAGUUGCAACGUUUGAGAUGAAAGGCGCGUGCUGUUUGGGAAACGUUUGCAACCAGGAUCUUUCCAACAGGACCCAGUAUGUGGAACUGCCACCGCUCGUCGUAAUAAAUGAGCCUACUAAAGUGCUAACCACUACGAGGAACACACCGCAAUGGCUAACACCCACCCAUGAGGAGUCUCGGAUAACCUCUGGAACCACCGAGACACUCAAGGGAGUUGGAACAAUCUCAAACGCUACAAUGCCACCAUACUCCGUUGACCGAUCCGGUCAAAACGAGACAAACAGAGCUUCAGAUCCCCAGAUGGUUCACAUUCUUCUUCUCAGUUGUCUUCUAAGCUUGUAUUUUUUUCCGGUCUACUAAAAAUAUAACGGAUUUGGUUUCUCAUUUUGAUUUAAAGUAAAGUAAAAACACAUUUGAUUUUAAGAAAGCUUUUAUCAGAUCCCUCACGACCAACCGAUCCUCCACAAUCGAUUUAAUAUAUUCAGUGUUGCCUUUGUUGUAAAUUUAUAGACUUCAGCGACGAUUUGUAUUUGUGAGACUCUGUUAUUGUUAUUUUUAUAUAUUAAAUCAUACUUUCCUCCUUAAA